CAUGGUCUGGGUGAAUACUCGAUUCUGAUUGGCUGCAGGGUGUCCGUUAAAAAGUGUUGUAGGACACCUAUAAAGAAGUUCCGGUCAAAUAGCCUGAUUGUUCUAAAUUAUUGCGCUGGCUCAAACGCUAGUUGGUAACCGUGGCAACAGAAACUCAGAACAUACAUUAACAUACGUUAUUUCACAGUUUAUUUAUCACAACGGCAAGACAGUAGACAAGACAUGAGUGAUUUUAUAGUUUCCUUUAACCUAUUUGGUGAAUUUGAUAAUUUUGAAGACUGGGAUGCAGCAGAAGAGAAAGAGAGAAGAGAAUGUAAGAAGAAGGAGAUGCGACACAAGGAGGUGACACCGGAGGAAUUGAACAAUUUAGAGGAUGACAAGGACGAGGUAAACACAAAGAAAACCACGAAAUGGGCAGUUAAAACAUUAAGAGACUUCCUGGCUCAGAAAAACAUAGACAUCAACUUUGAGAGCUACACUGCCACUACUCUCAAUGACAUUUUGCGACUGUUUUAUGCGUCUGUCCAGUCGACUAAGGAAGGAGGAAAAUACAGUGUUGCCAGUUUGAGAGUCGGCAUUACCUAACACCACCUAAGAGACGUCAACAUCAUCAGCGACACUGUGUUCAAGAGCAGUAAUGCGGUUUUUAAGGCGAUACUGAAGCAUUACAGAAAGAGUGGGAAAGACACCAGCUUCCACCAUCCUCGUAUCCCUGAGUCGGACCUUGAGAUAAUCAGAUGUUCAUCUGCGCUGUCUCCCGAUACGCCCCUCGGCCUCGUCAGAAAGGUGUGGUUUGACAUCCAGCUGUGUUUGGCUCGGCGUGGCAGGGAGGGGAACCGUGAGCUGACCAUGACAUCUUUCAGCAUCCAGAGAGACGAGGAUGGCGUUGAAUACGUCAGCCUAGCGCAUAAUCCUGACACUAAAAAUCAUAAAGAUCCAAACGACCCACACAAGCAAAACCUAAGAGGUUUUAUGUUCGCAAGGCCCGGGGAUCCCCUGUGCCCAGUAAAAAGUUUCAAGAAGUACAUCUCUAAAUGUCCCCCAGACGCAAAAUCUUUUUAUCUGCACCCAAAGCGCUCCAUCACCGUGGCAUCUGAUGUGUGGUACUCCAGGGAGCCGAUGGGUGUCCACUACCUGGGAGACAUGCUAAAAAAAAUCAGUGAAGAGGUGGGUCUGUCGCGGAUUUACACGAACCACAGCCUCCGGAGCACGGCUGUGGGUCGACUCUCAGACGCCGGGCUGGAGACACGCCAGAUCAUGUCUGUGACGGGGCAUCGCUGUGAAAGCAGCCUGCAGGCUUAUUGGGCUCCGUCAGUCCAGGAGAGACGAGAAUGGAGCAACAUUUUGUCGUCCCGCAACGUCCCAACCAGCAGUGGUCAGGGUCCACAAACGUUAAAUCUCCGUCCUUCAAAUGCCACUAUGAUGGACAUGCCAGUAUCUCUAUCAAAUUUCACGAUCAACGGCAAUGUUGCAUUUAAUUUUAAAUAGUUCGUCGCCUGUCUUUCUGUCUUGCUUACCUUACUUAGGCUACUUACUUGCUUGAUACAGAGUGAAUGGUGGAUAAUAUUUAUAAAAACGAUUUAGGAUAGACUUACUUGCUUGAUACAGUGUGAAUGGUGGAUAAUAUAUAUAAAAACGAUUUAGGAUAGACUUACUUGCUUGAUACACAUUUAAUGAUCAGAGUGAAUGGUGGAUAAUAUUUAUCGCAAUAAAAACGAUUUAGGAAACUA